AUGGGACUACUUGGAGAAGCCGAGUUCCUUGAGGCGCUGCGGCGCCUCUACGAGGACAGCAGGAGCAAGAACAGCGGAUCUGUGUGGAUCACCUUCAAGCGGACUUUCCCCGAAGUCGGCGGCUCCCGCGGAGCCAAACGCCGGCGUAAACUGGAGGGCUGUGAGGAGAAGCCUGAGGCUGUUCCCGUCUGUCUCGUGCGUGCGACGGACGGAAAGAAGAAGAUAUCUAUCCAGGUCGAAGGGGAGAAGGCCUCUAGCUUCAGUCAACGACUUUUUGAGGUCUCGCGUCUGUACACAGACCAAGUGAAACCCAGUAGCCCUGGGGCUGCUAAGGAUAAGCAGCAAAAAGAUAAGCAGCAAACGCAACGACAGCGGAAACCGCGGCAAGAUAAGAAGAACAAGACAGCAGCAGCUGGAUUCCUUGCAAGCAGCAGCAGGGGCAGAGUCUUGAUUGGUUUCCUGCAGCAGCAGCAGCAGCAGCAGCACCUGCAGCAGCAGCAGCACCAGCAGCAGCACCUGCAGCAGCAGCAGCAAGUUCGCACUUUAUUUGUCCAUGUAGAUAUGGGUUCUUAUUAA